UGAUGAUCUGUGGGGGGUGCUAUAUCCCCGACGGCCUCACUAUACUCCCGACAGACGAGGACCAACCGAAAUUACGUGCGACGAGACACUGCCUAAAGCUGCGGUACCUGAACCACUGCCGGUACUAACUCUAUGCGACUAGCCCCUUCAGCCUAUCACCACGUGACACUAUCUAUCAGCUUAUCGCUGACAAACAACGUCGAACUCCAUCGAAGACCAUCCAUCCAUCCAUCACAAGCUCUUCCUCCACUGUACUCUUAAUAUAAAACAACCUCGCCUCCCUCUCCUCCCCCCGACCCCACGCCCCUAACCACCACCGCACCACCUACAACCAAAAUGUCGGACCCCUCAGAUCCCAACACCUCCAACACAGACCCCCCAAUCACCCUCAAAAUCCACCACCGCAACACCCCUCACGAAUUCACCCUCCCCUCAACAAGCACCCUGACGGACCUAACGACCCUAAUCGCCUCAACCCUACAUAUCCCCUCCACGAACCAAAAACUCCUCAUCUCCCCAUCCCCGGGAACCCUCAAACACCCAUUCUCACCGACCCCGCUCCUCGAAAUCCUCCCCCUCAAUUCCCCGCGCCUCAAACUCACCCUCCUCGGCACGCCUACCAAAGACAUCGACACGCUCAACGCACAAUCCACCGCCCAAAAGACCAUCGCCGAGGCCCGGCAUCGCGCCCACGCUCUCUACGGCGCAAAGCCCACCCGCACCGGUACCUCCGCCAGCAACUCCUCUCGCAUCCACACCCUCUCCAGCUCCGACGCCUCAAACUACACCUUCCACCGACUCCUCCCGCUACCUCAUCUCCCGAAUCCGAACAAGUCUCUCACGUUUUUGGAACGGCUGCGCGCCGAUCCGGGGAUCAAAUCCGCAAUGCAGAAACAUAAGUUCAGUGUGCCGUUGCUUACGGAGAUGGAUCCGGCGGAACAUACGACGAGUGAAUCGCGGACGCUGGGACUGAAUAGGAAUAAGGGGGAGGUGAUUGAGUUGCGGUUGAGGACGGAUGCAUACGAUGGGUAUCGGGAUUAUCGGACCAUACGGAAGACGCUGUGUCAUGAGUUGGCGCAUUGUGUGUUCAGUGAACAUGAUCGGGAUUUCUGGGAUUUGACGGCGCAGAUCGAGAAAGAGGUGGAGAGGGGGGAUUGGACGAAGAGUGGGCGGACGGUGGCGGAUCAGGAGUUUUACAAUCCCGUGGAUUGGGAGGGGGUUAGGGAGAAUGGGUUGGUGGUGGAUGAGGAGGGGUGGACGGGCGGGGAAUUUGUGUUGGGGGGUCAAGGUCGGGGUGGUGGCAGGGCCGAGAGCCGGAGGGAGGUUCUGGCCAAGGCGGCCGAGGAGAGGAUGAAGAGGACUAGGGAGAGAAAGAGGGAGAGGGAGAGGGAGAGGGAAGGAGAGGGUCAAUCAUGAGGCGAUGAGAUGAUUGUUAUGUGCAUAUCUUUCAUUGGUCAUUUCUUGAUGCUUAGCAUGAUAUACUCCGUACGAUCUGUUUUAAUGGCAUGAGAUGAUCUACACCUGCUCGUUCACCAACAAGCCCGCCAUUCCUUGGCCCGUGCCAAUGCACAUGCUCGUCACCAGGACCUUCUUCUUCGUGCGUCGCGCCUCGCUCAGAACCGUGCAGAUCUGGCGCGCUCCGGUUGCGCCCAGCGGGUGGCCCAGGGCAAUGGCCCCGCCGCGCGGGUUCACCUUGGCAUGCUCUAGACCCAGGUUGUUGAGACAGUACACGGCCAUCGAGGCAAACGCCUCGUUGAUCUCGUAGAUGUCAAUGUCGUCCUUGCUCAGGUUGAACUUGGUCAGCAGCUUGGGGAUCGCUGCAGUCGGACCAAUACCCAUGAUGCGCGGCGGCACUCCCGCGACGGUGGCUCCGCAGAACUUGGCCAGGAUGGGCUGGUUCAGCUCGAUAG